AGAGAGUACGUGGCAGUGACGUCAGCGGGCCGCCUUCUCUGUGGCUUGUUUGGACGUUCGGCCCGGGCCGGUUUUCGGAGCUGAGGAGUCAGGCGGCGCCGGGAGCCGUGUUCGGGUCCGCGAGGCCGCAACUGGGUGAAGUGACUUGUUUCGGGCAGUGCCUGGGUGGAGCAGAGAGAUGAAGGCAGGGACGGAUGUCUAAAUGGUGUGUGCUGGACAGCAAUGACAGGGCCAUCUGAACUCCCAUUUUAGUUGGCACAGUGUCAUUGGGGACAAUAACAGAAACGCUUUCGAGACUGGAAUGAUCUGAAAGAAGGAAAAGGAUUCGUGGGGGGUAAGAUGCGGCUGAGCGGGUGGCAUCAGCAUCACUGGCACUCUUCUCUUCGCUGAAGCACCAGGUUAUGAGCCUCCAUGAAUACGAGGAAACGCCACGGCUCUAGAAACACUGACCAAGGUGUUUACCUGGGACCCUCCCAGACGCAGGUUCUGCCCCCUCUCACCGCCGCCGCCUCUGCAGCCCCUGUUGCGCCUCCUCCGCCCCAGUGGGACACCAUGUCGUGUCAAGACCGCACCCAGGAGUUCCUCUCCGCCUGCAAGUCCUUGCAAAGCAGACAGAAUGGGGUUCAGAUGAACAAGCCAGCCUUGAACGCGGUGCGGCAAAGAAGCGAAUUCACAGUCAUGGCCAAGCGGAUUGGGAAGGACCUCAGCAACACGUUUGCCAAGCUAGAGAAGCUAACGAUCCUGGCCAAGCGGAAAUCUCUCUUUGACGACAAGGCAGUGGAGAUCGAAGAACUAACCUACAUCAUCAAGCAGGAUAUCAACAGUUUAAACAAACAAAUCGCACAACUGCAGGAGUUUGUCAGGGCCAAAGGCAGCCAGAGUGGAAAACAUGUCCAGACUCACUCGAACACGGUGGUGGUCUCACUGCAGUCCAAGCUGGCAUCCAUGUCCAAUGACUUCAAGUCGGUCCUGGAAGUGCGGACAGAAAACCUGAAGCAGCAGAAAAGCCGGCGAGAGCAAUUCUCCCGCACCCCAGUGUCUGCCUUGCCUCUGUCUGCCAGCAAACUGGGCGGCUCGGCUAUGCUUCAGGAUGAGCCCCGGCCCUCGGGAGAUGUGGCCAUCGACAUGGACAGCCGGACCAGCCAGCAGUUGCAGCUCAUCAAUGAGCAGGAUUCAUACAUCCAAAGCCGGGCAGACACGAUGCAGAACAUUGAGUCCACCAUAGUGGAACUGGGCUCCAUAUUCCAGCAACUAGCACACAUGGUGAAAGAGCAGGAAGAGACCAUCCGGAGAAUCGACGCCAACGUGGAAGAUGCCCAGCUCAAUGUCGAGGGCGCGCACACGGAGAUCCUGAAGUACUUCCAGUCCGUCACCUCCAACCGGUGGCUGAUGGUCAAGAUCUUCCUCAUCCUCAUUGUCUUCUUCAUCAUCUUCGUGGUGUUUCUGGCCUGAUGGGGAGCUGCCUCCAGCGCCAGCCCCCUUCUGUCCCCCUCCUCCUUCCUCGGAGCCGCAGCGGGCCCCGGACUGUUCUGCCCUCUUGCAGCUGGCACGGACAGGAGUCCCCCGCCGUGUGCCCGGCGCCUGAGGGACCCGUCCGCCCGCGUGGUGACUUUUGCGGCGGCUCACGGCCUGGAGCGGGGGUGGGCCCCACCCUGACCAGAGUGCAAUAGCAUUUGGACGAUGCUGUGAAGGGCUUUGCCCCAAUGCCCCCUCCCCAACUGGGACGCGACCCAGGGCGGGUGUAGCAGGACCAGGAUCUCGCAUCUCUUUCCCUACUCCCUGUAUGGGCCCAUCUUCUGGGACUCGAAUCUGUUAGCCCCUGCAGUCGUCGUCUGUUUUUAGAAGUAUACCAACAGCAUCUUGCAGUCUCCCUUUUGCACCAUGUUAGGGAAGGAGCUGCAUCCCUGGGAUUCUGCGGCCGCCCUGCCCUGCCCUGCGCCUUUCGCCACUUCCAGAGGGCUGUGUAGAUCCUCUCCCUGCCGCCUCCAGCAACUAAUAGCAUAUUUAAGUCCCUUUCUUGCGACGCUGGGGAUCGGCAGCUCCUCCGUUCAUGGCAAGCCGGCAGAGCGGCUCUUCGAGUCCGUCCGGCUUCCACAUUUUUCUUUUCCCCUUCCCCUAGAAGGAACCCGCUGACUCUCGGCCAGAGUCCCUUCGUGGCCUCGCCAUCCUGCCUGGUAUGGGAGGGGGCUGAGAUGACUGGGCCUUCUGGCGGCCGCUGGGCCCUGAAAACACACUCCGCCUCCUGCGUGCCGCGGACUCGCUCUGCAGGGCAGGCGUUUUGACCUCCGGCUGCCUUGGCCUGCAGCUUGCAUGAUCCCCAUCCUUAGCUAGGGCUGACGGGAGUUGUGGGCCAUUGCCAACCCCUC